UAGUGCUGUAUAAGCAAAAGAGAGGCUGUAAAAUGAGGGUGGUAUGUUCAGGUGAUAUUGUUCUGACUGUAGUUGAGGGUUUUUGCAGGGGACAGGGGUUCAUAAUAAUGAGAAUGAUGAUUUAAAUAUUUGGAAUGUGGUAUAACUUUGGAAAAACUUACAGCUGUGAACAAAUAAAGAUAACACCAUGAUGUAAAAGGUGAAUGUUUGGCUUCCUUGUAUUAAGUGUAAAAGAAAAUUCUAGAAGCUAAUGUCAAUCAUUCUCCUUUGUAGUCUCGGCUGUUUCAUUUUCGGGAAUGACGGAUAUCUCAGUCUUGGAUCAAUGGAAAGCAAGUCUCUCUGUGGAGGAUUUCCUUGAGAAAAGAACAGCUACAGGAAUGAUGACCCAGUUUAACUGUGAAUUUGAGGAAAUUGUUCCAAGUUCAAACCCAAACUCCCAAACUGAAGUAGAGGAAGUCAGCUUACAUACCCAUAAGGACUACAAUGAAGACUUUACACUUGUCAGCUGCUUAGAAAAGUGUCCAGCACUUCAAAAACAGGAGCAAGAUUUCUUGAUUGAUGCUGAAGAAAUAAUUUUUGUAAAUAAUCUGACGGCCUAUAAAAGCCAGCUGCCAACUGUGCGUACUCUGUUGAGUAGACUAAAGCAAUAUUUAGUAAAAGAUCCCUUGUUAGAUUUCAAAGGACAGAUCUUCACAGACACUAAUUUUUUCAGGGAGAGUUUCUCUUUUCAAGGAGAUUUGAAAGAUUUUGUGAAAGAUUUCUGUAUGGAUAAGGAAAACUUUUUUCCAGACAAGCUAGAAGACACACCAUCAAUUAUGCCUGAGUGUGAAUUCUUAAUGCCUACAAGCCUCAAACAAGAAGUUGAUAUUCCAUCACUCUCAGAAAUAAAGGAGUCAUUAAACUUAAUACCUGAAACAAUAAAUUAUGUAGAUGAAAAUGAAAAGCUUUUCAAAAGAGAUCUUACUACGAAGUAUGGAAUAGAUACUGAGGAUAUGAAAUGCAGCUCCACAGAAAUUUUGGCCAUUCAGAGCCAAUGUGAACCAGAGUGCAGUGAACCAGUAGAGUUAGAAAUGCCAUUAACUCAUCUACACUUAACAAACCAACAUGCUUCAGUGAAUUCAUUAUGUACAGAACUUCAGACGUUUCCAUCUUCUCCUGUUUGUGAAAUUAGUUUGCCUACUGCUGAAGAAUCAGCUAACAAACACCGUAUGAUGUGGCAAUCAGAAAGCUGCAGAAACUCUUUGAAUCCAUUUUUGCUUAAUGCACCAAGAACUGAAGAUCCCAAGAGUCAACAUUCGGUUGCAGAGUUGAAACUCUAUUCUGUUAGAGAAGAAAAUCUUAUGGUUAAUCCUGAAAACAUAGAGGGAUGGAAACAAGCUGAACUAAAUCUGACUGUGACAGAAACUUUGGAGCAUCUAAAUACAUCAUGUUUAGAGCAAGAAAGUUAUUCCUCACCUAGUAUACUUAUUAAUGAGAAAUCUACAAAUGAUCAUUUAUCAUCUCCACAAAAGACUCCAUCUCUGGUAAAAGAUGUACCAGAACUGGAUUUUUCUGAUGAAUAUGUCUGUGCUAAAAGACCAAGGAAAGAAGAAAAACCAAAGAAUGACUUAGAACUAGGUCACAGAGUAAUCCAAAAUAAAGAAAAGACAGGUUACUUGGACUGCACGGUACCACCUGUUGAAUCAUCUUCCUCUUCAAAAACUGAAGAAGAAACUUCUCAACGCAGUAAAAAGCUAGAGAGUAAUUUAGAUCUUUUGAGUGACUUUAUUAUGCUGCGAAAUAAAUGUAACACUUACAUCUCAAAAACUGAAGUCACAGACAAUGAUGGAAAAGAUGAUAAAGAAGAACGUUCUUUGACUCUUCAAGAAGAAAGUCCUAUUGUUUGUACUAACAAAACCCUAGACGAAGUAAAUCAGGAAAGGAGAGCAGAUAAUGUCAUUGAAAUUCCAGCUUCAGAUAGCCAGUGCCAAGCAUACUGUCUCCUAGAAGCAGCAGCUUCUCCUAUCUUAAAAAAACUUGUAUGCCUCUGUACUCUCCCUGCUGCUAACUGGACUUUUGCCACUGUCAUUUUUGACCAGACAAGGUUUCUCUUAAAAGAACAAGAAAAAGUAAUAAAUGAUGCUAUUCACCAAGGUACAAAUGAUGAAAGAGAAAUGACCUUCAAGUAUGCUGCUCUCUUGCACCUUUUGGUAACAGUUAGAGAUGUCCUUUUAACAUGUAGCUUGGACACAGCAUUGGGAUAUUUGUCCAAUGCAAAAGAUAUCUACAAAAGCAUUUUAGGCUCCUGUUUGGAUGACGUUUGGAGACAACUAGAGAUUGUACAGUUUAUUCGGGAAAAAAAGCCGGAAACCAACUACAAGAUACAAGAAUUGAAAUCUCAGAUACUAAAUUGGAUGCAAAGUGAACAGCAAAUUAAGGUGCUGAUUAUAAUAAGAAUGGACUCAGAUGGUGAAAAACAUUCACUCGUGAAAAUCCUUAGCAAAAUAGAAGGUUUGACACUCACUGUCUUGCAUUCAAACAAAAGAAAAGAUUUUCUGGAAUCAGAAGGUGUUUUAAAUGGUACAAGUUUCUGUGUAGUUGUGCACAAUCAAUAUAUUGGAGCGGAUUUCCCCUGGAGUUAUUUCUCAUUUGUGGUGGAAUAUAAUUUUGUAGAAAACUCCUAUUGGACUGAACACUGUGAAAAACUGAAUAUUCCUUACAUGGCCUUUAAAGUGAUUCUUCCAGACACAGUUUUAAAGAGAAGCACCUUGCUGGAUAGUUUUGGUGGUUUUCUUUUGGAAAUUCAAAUUCCAUAUGUAUUUUUCGCAUCUGAAGGACUUCUUAAUACUCCAGAAAUACUUCAGUUGCUGGAAUCCAACUAUAAUAUUACACUAGUGGAGAGAUCCUGCAGUGAGUCAUUGAAACUCUUUGGAGGUACAGAGCAUUACGUGGUAGUGACAGUUGAUGAGCACACAACCAUAAUUUUGCAGGACCUAGAAGAAUUAAAUUGUGAGAAGGCAUCAGACAAUAUCAUUAUGAGACUGAUGGCAUUAUCAUUCCAGUACAGCUAUUGUUGGAUGAUCUUUUACGCCAAAAAACCAUUGAACUCAGAGUACUAUCUUACAGAAAAGGCACUUCAUCACCUAGCACUGAUAUAUGCAGCUUUGGUUUCAUCUGGGCUAAAAUCAGAAGAACUGGAUGUAAAGCUUGUAAUUUCCCCAGGAGUGGAAGAGACUGCAUUGAUAAUUCGACAAAUCGCUGACCACAAUUUAAUGACCUCGAAGAGAGACCCUCAUGAAUGGUUGGAUAAAUCCUGGCUUGAAGUUUCACCAUCUAAGGAAGAAAUGUACCUACUUGAUUUUCCAAGUGUUAAUCCAUUGGUAGCUCAGCUCAUGUUAAAUAAAGGACCUUCACUGCACUGGAUAUUGUCAGCAACUCUUUGUCAACUUCAGGAACUCCUACCUGAAGUUCCAGAAAAAGUGUUAAAGCAUUUUUGUGGCAUCACUUCCUUAUUCAAGAUUAGUCCUUCCAUAACAAAAUCACCUCAAAUUUCAUCACCUCAGGAAAAUAGGAAUCAGACUAGUAACUUUGCUCCUCAGAGUUCAGCUGCUGGCUCUUCAGAUUCUGUCUUUCAAGAACAUAAUGAAUAUGACCAUUGUUCAGACUUACAAGAGACAGUGCAUGAAGACACAAACACCACUUCAAAUUAUGGCUUUUCCCUUGUGGAACUAAAAGAGAUGUCAUGCAUUUUACCACCUGUGACUUCCUACAAUCAGACCAGCUACUGGAAAGAGUCCAGUUGUAACCCUAACAUAGUGCAGAAUAAUUCUUUCCUGGCUAAUAUAGAAUCAAGGAAUGUGUCUGGUAAUUCCUUUCUGAAUCAGAAUGAUUCAGAAUCAGAUGUCUUUUCUUUGGGUAUAACACAAAUGAAUUAUGAAACCAUAAUAUCACCAACUGACACUCAGAAGAGAGUUGCCCCUAAUUUUAUAAAUUAUCAGAAAAAGGGAACACAUGAAGCAAAAGGACCUAUAAAUAAAGAACUAUCUGCCCCUACCCUUCCGCUAGCAGGGUCUCAAUCUCCUUUCCGUUGGAACUUUAAGAGAAAUGUAUGGGAACAACAGAAGCAGUCAUUCAACUUACAAUAUGGUGCAGAGCAGACUCCGUGUGACAAAUGGUACUCUCAGAAAGAUAAUUUAUUCACUAAUCAGCAAAAAUGUCUAUCAGAUGAGUUAGAAGGCUUCAUCUCUGAAAGUUCAAAUGCUGGGACUAAAAAGACCUUCUGGACAGAAUUACCCUCUGUCCCCAGUUUGGAUUUAUUUUGUGCUUCUGAUUCUAAUGUAAAUGAAAAAGAAUUCAACAAUCUUUAUUCCUACCAGAGAGCUGGAAAAUAUUUAGAGCAGAAAAGGCACUUUGAAUCUUCAUCCAACUCAGGAGACAAGAAACCAUUAACAGAUUUCACGAGUUCACCACUACCGCAAUUCAAAAAACGUCGUCUAGUGUAUGAAAAAGUUCCUGGUAGACUUGAUGGACAAACUCGUCUAAGAUUUUUUUGAAAGAAAGAAUAUUGUGCUACAUGCCACAAUGCAUUGUUUCUUUUGAUAAACCGGUAACAAAAUGAUUUAGAUUUACUAAUAUAUCGAAGAAAAUGCAGUUGUUUUUAGAUGUUCGUGGUGAUUCUAUAUUAAAUUUUCAUAGUAUAUAUUUUGCCCUAUAGUUUAUAUCUUUUUAAGUAAAAUAUUCUAAUUAGCAUAAUAUUGUUAAAAGAUCCAGAUUUUUCCCAGAUUCACCCAGCCUUUUUUUUUCAAAGAGAAAUAGAAAACCUCACUGUAUGUAUGUAAAAGGCUUAUUUUGUUG